AUUCCCUUAUGUAGAAACACAAAUAAAAAAAUCAUUCGAAUAAAACAACGAAACGAUGCCGAACCGUGUUCAGUCAUCUUACGCCAGGUAAACAAGAUGGAAGUUGAACUGAGUUACGUGCUCUUGAUCGCAGUGGUGAUUGCUUUCGUGUACCGAUGGCUAAACCGGAACCAGGAUUAUUUCUGCGACAAACCAAUACCGGCGCUUGCGAUUAAGCCCAUCCUGGGCAGUACGGGACCGCUGAUGUUCAAGCAGAUUACGUUGUUCGAUUUUUUCAAAGCUCUGUACGACAAAUAUGCGGGUUCAAAAGUUGUUGGUUUGUUUGAUACCAACAUUCCGAUGUACGUGAUCCGCGAUCCAGAGUUGAUAAAGCGCAUCGGGGUCAAGGAUUUCGAUCACUUUAUGGAUCAUCGGGCGCUGUUUGGAAAGGAUCAUGCGGAUAACUCCAGUAUGUUGUUCCCGAAAACGCUGUUCGCGUUAAACGACCACAAGUGGAAGAGUAUGCGUGCGAUCCUUAGUCCGGCCUUUACCAGUUCCAAGAUGCGUCAAAUGUUCGGUCUGGUUUUGGAGUGUUGUGAAAAUAUGGCAAACUUUUACCAGCAAGAGAUUGGUGCUCAAACGGGGCGGGAGUACGAAAUGAAGGAUGUGUUUUCCAGGUUUACGAACGAUGUGAUUGCGACCGCGGCAUUCGGAUUUAAGGUAGAUUCCUUGCAGCAUCGUGACAAUGAGUUCUACGUUCAGGGAAAGAAAACUAUGCAGUUUGGGCGACUAUCGGUUGCAAUGCGAAUUCUUAGCCACAGACUCAUUCCAUCGGUGGCCGUUUGGCUGGGACUGGAUUUAAUCGACUUGGAGCAGCGGAAGUAUUUUUCCACGCUUAUUAGGCAAGCGGUAAAGACACGAGAGGCCCAAGGAAUCGUUCGAUCCGAUAUGGUUAACCUGUUGAUGCAGGCGAGAAAAGGUUUACUUCAGCACACGAAGGAAACAGAACAAAACGAUGGUUUCGCAGCAGUUGAAGAAUCAGAAGUGGGAAAAGCGCGUACCUCGAAGCAAAUGACCGAAACGGAGAUGAUAGCUCAGUGUUUAAUUUUCUUUCUGGCCGGAUUUGAUACGGUGUCAACCUGUCUAACCUUCCUAAUGUACGAGCUAACCCUAAAUCAAGAAGUUCAAGACAAACUGUAUGAGGAGAUUAUGGAGACACAUCGAUUGUUGAAUGGACAAUCUUUGAGUUAUGAUGCAUUGCAGAAAAUGAAGUACAUGGAUAUGGUGGUGUCCGAGGCACUUCGUAAGUGGCCUCCAAUAGGAGCGUUGGACCGGCUUUGCGUGCGAGAUUACGAAUUGGAUGACGGCGAAGGAUUGAGGUUUACCAUCGAGAAGGGAGCCGGAGUUUGGCUUCCAGUCCAUAGCUUGCAUCAUGAUCCGAAGUAUUAUCCCACUCCGGAGAAGUUUCUACCGGAGCGCUUCAGUGACGAGAAUAAAUCCAGCAUUAAUCUGGGUGCUUAUUUACCGUUCGGGAUUGGCCCAAGGAACUGUAUCGGAUCGAGGUUCGCUUUGAUGGAAGUGAAAGCGAUUGUGUACCAUAUGUUGAAGAAUUUUAGCUUCGCAAAAACUCGCAACACCGAAGUGCCACUAACGCUGGCCAAAGGAAUGGCCGGAACAAUGGCCGAGAAGGGUGUGUUCGUGGAAUUUAAACCACGCAUUGUGGCGCCCGCUGGGGCUCUUAAUGUUGAUUAAUGUGUGAACUUAAGUUUUAUUAAGUAAAAUAAUAAAGAUUUCAUAAAAUGAUAAGAAAA